CUGGAGGUAGUGGAGCAGCUUCUAUUGCCGUUGGAGCGGGGUCAGCGGCUCGAUGCCAUGAUCUACGCGUCCAUCUACCUGCAGUGGAUCAACACGGGGCAGAUCCCGUGCGUGGAGGACGGCGGGCACAGGCGGCCCAAUCGCCACGCGGAGAUCUCCCGCCGCAUCUUCCGCUGGCUCGAGAAGGAAGGCACCAGGAGCUCUGCUCUCACGUCUGAGGAGAAAGUGGUGAUGCGCAAGAUUCAUCCGCGCCUGCCCGCCUUCUCUGCUGACUUCACGGCGUCAGUGCCCCUCACUCGCAUCCGAGACAUUGCUCACCGCAACGACAUCCCACACAACCUUAAGCAAGAGAUAAAGCACACGAUUCAGAACAAGCUGCACCGCAACGCCGGGCCCGAGGACCUGGUGGCCACGGAGCUGCUGCUGCGCCGGGUGACCCGCACGCCAGGCGAAUACAGCGAGGCGUUCGUGCAGCAGCUGAAGCUGUUCUACGCUGAGCUCAAAGACUUCUUCAAUGCGAGCAGUCUGACGGAGUUGCUGGAGAGCAUUCGCCCCUCACUGGACGACACGGGCACUGCCAUGCUGCAGAACUUCCUCGCAUGCAAGCAGAACGUCGAUGCACUGCCGUCUUCGGCAGGGGCAUCAGGAGAGUCAUCACAGGGGGCGGCAGCGUCCGGCCGGCCGACUGACGUGCUGAUGUCAGCGCUGCAUGCGCUGACGGGGCUGCGGGCCGUGCUGAUGUAUUCCCUGGAGAGUGGGCUCAGGAACGAUGCUCCUGAUGAUGCCAUUGCCAUGCGGCAGAAGUGGCGACUGGCGGAGAUCUGUCUGGAGGAGUAUUUCUUCGUGCUGCUGAGCAGGUUUCUGAACGAGCUGUUUGACGAGGAAGGGGGAGACAAGGCAGCGGAGGGCAUGGCAGGGGAGAUCCGCAUGGGGCAGCUGGGGCACGUGGGGGUGGCGCUGGGGGCGGCAGUGCUGGGGCUGAGGCACCUGGGGCUGUCCGGGUGGAACCAGGCAGAGUGCUUCUGCCUUGAGAACGAGCUCGCGUCCUGGCAGGCUGCUGGCAUCGGCAGUGCAGGUGUGGCAUCAGAGCAUGAUCUGCGGUGGUGGGCGUUGAGGCUCAAGGCUUCUUUGGACCGCAUGAGGCGACUCACAGAGGCCUUCACAGAGACCACACUUGAGCUCUUCUUCGAGCCCUCGCAGAAGCUAGGCCACGCACUGGGAAUCGAGGAGAACGCUGUGCGGACGUUUGCAGAGGCUGAGAUUCGAUCCAGUGUGGUGUUUCAGCUGGCAAAGCUCACCUCUCUGCUGCUGCGUGUGAUGCGGUCGGUGCUGGGGGCUGAGGGCUGGGAUGUGCUUGUUCCUGGCACUGCAGUGGGCAAGCUCGUGGAGGUGGAGCGUAUAGACCCUGACCUCCUGGCAACGCUCAAGGGCGAGCAGGGGGUGGUGCUGCUGGUGCAGCGUGCAGAGGGGGAUGAGGAGGUGAAAGCAGCAGGCGCCAACCUCAAGGCUGUGGUGUUGCUGCAGGAGCUGCCACAUCUCUCCCACUUGGCUGUCAGGGCCAGGCAGGAGGGUGUGCUGCUCAUGACAUGCGAGGAUGAGAACCGAAUCGCCGCCCUUCGCUCCGCUGUUGGCUCUCGAAUCCGCCUCGAGGCGGGGGUGGAGGGGGUGAAGGUCAUAACAGGAGCUGCUGUGGACCAGCGCUCCUCCUCCUCCUCCUCUGCAGACGCUGCCAGUAGCGGUAGCAGUAAGAGCGAGGAUGAAGUGUGGGUGCAGGCACUGAAACCGCAACCUGUCCGAGUGCAGGAGGCGCGGCUGCCAGUGCUGCCGCUGCACGGGGCCCAGCUGGCCACGUGUGGGGCCAAGGCGCAUGCGUGCGCCAAGCUAGAGGAGCUCUCAAUCGCCUCCACCUUUGCAGGUGCUGACUUCUCCGUCCCCCGCUCGGCGGUGAUCACCUUUGGAGUAAUGGAAGAGUCCAUCACCGCUUCCAACCGCCGCACACUCUUCCACCGCCUCGUCGCCACCCUCGACGACCCGAACCUUCAAGGAAGCGUCCUCGACAGCACCUGCGCCCAGAUCCGCACUCUCCUAGAGGAAUCCCCCCUCCCCCCCGCCUUCUUCCGAACCCUCUCCUAUAUCUUCUCCGCAAACGCUCGCCUUAUCGUCCGCUCGAGCGCCAAUGUGGAGGAUCUAGCUGGCAUGUCCGGAGCUGGGCUGUAUGAUUCGGUCCCGGACGUCACCCUCUCCGACCCUGCUUCGUUCGGCCGAGCCGUAGCCUCGGUGUGGGCGUCACUGUUCACGCGGCGCGCGGUGCUGAGCCGGCGGGCGGCGGGCGUGCGUCAGAGCGAUGCGGCUAUGGCGGUUCUAGUCCAGGAGUUAAUCUCCCCACCGGAUCUUAGCUUCGUGCUGCACACCAAGGGAAUCGGCACUGGUGCUGGUGGGGCUCUCGUUGUUCCCAGUCCACGACUUGCCAACAGCAGCAGCGGCAGUGGCAGUGGCAGUAAUGGGAAAGCCACGGGAUCUGCGUCUACGAGUGCUGUUGCUCCCGGCUCAUCUGCACCGUCGGAUUUCCUCUCCGCUGAGGUGGCACCAGGGCUGGGCGAGACUCUGGCGUCCGGCACACGUGGCACGGCGUGGCGCUUCGCUGUCGGGAAAUCCGACGGCUCGGUUCGAAUCCUGGCGUUUGCGAAUUUCAGCGAGAAAAUUGUGAUGGCGCCUGUUGCUGCUGGGGGCGGUUCGGGUGGAAGGAAUACAGGCGCUGGGUCGGGGGGAGGGGGAGGAGUUGUGAUGCAAGCAGUGGAUUACAGUGGUCAGCUGCUGUCUACGUCGCCUGAUGCUCAGGUGGUGCUUGCUAAGAAGCUCGAAGCUGUUGGGGCGUUUUUGGAAGACCGGUUUGGUUCGCCUCAGGACAUUGAAGGGUGUGUUGUGGGUGAUAAGAUCUAUGUGUUGCAGUCGCGGCCUCAGCCUUGA